AUGUAUGACCUGAAAAAAGGGGUGGAACUUCCAAAUCCUGCUUGUCAAAAUGCUACAAAACCACCUGAUCCUGUUGAAGCCGAACAUAUGGAAACUGAAAUAGAAGAAAACAAACAGCUUCUUACAAUGGACAAUGCUAUUUGUGCUAAUUCUAAUCACAAGCUGUGUGUAAUAUGCCGAAAGAAGGCGACACAUAAUAAAACAGAAAGCUUUCGUCGUGUUCGUUUAAGAUCACAUACUGCUCAGCGAUGUAGAAUAGUAAGAACAACGCUUGCCAGCUGAUUAAAUCCAGUUUGAUAUCUUAGAAUAUCGCCAUCUGGAAUUUUGCAAGUCCAAAUUCCGACGGAUUUUCUUCGUAUUGUCGAAUAUACGGAGCAAAGCGGCCAAUAAUUUCGACAAUUGUCGAAAAUCGAUAUGAUUUUCUUCGUAUUGUCGUAUUUACAAUGAACUUCGACAAUUGCCGAAGAUUCAGCGGGAUUUCGACUGGAAUUUUCAGUUGUACCAGAAGAGAAAUUUUUUCCAUAAUGAUGAAAUGUAUGACUCAUGACUCAAAUUUGAUUUACUUCGUGCCGCCAUUGAAAGUAUUAUACCAGUAGCCUAAACAUUUAACAUAAACGGUACAAGUUGAUGAAUAAAUAAAACAAUAGUGUCAAAUGUUUGAAACAUUUGACGAAUAUUCGGUUAUACAUAUAUCCUGAUGGUUAUUUUUGCGAUCAACAAUUAUUCUAUGAAAUGAAAUAUCCAUAACCGUAGUUGCUUAUAUACAUAUAGUACGUGGAUAAAUAAAAAUGUAAGACUCAGUUGACUUGUAAUGGAUGUUAAAAUAAUAAACCAAACAAUAGUUGAACGUUGAAUUGACGGCUGAAUUAAUGUGAUUAUUGAAAAUAUGUUACUGACUAAACCUGUCAACACUAUCAAACCAAAAGCUAAUAAAUAUAUAAUUGAUUCACUCUUGAACUGAGUGAUUCUUAGUAGUAGUGCACUAUUUUGUUCAUCAUCUGAAACCAUUUAUUUCUUCAAAUUUUAUCCUUUUAUAUUUUUAAAAUCACUUACCAUCGUAGUCCUCAACAGGUUUUUGAACAAGAUUACUAUUUGAAUGAUCCACAGUCAACAAAAUUUCUAACGAAAAACCAAAUUGAUC